UGUAGUAGUUUGUUAUUAAUGUUCUGAAAACUUUGUUUUGUGAUACUUUACUGCUUAGUUUAAUUAAAAUUAUAUUACUGAGCCUCUGUAGUGGCUAUGGACACUAAGGACGCUACAAUAUUUACGAAAUGCUGUCGAACAUGCAUGGCCAAUUUGGAAACUAACAUGAUUAAUAUUUUCACUGUUGAAAACUCUGUGAGUCCAGUGGAUAUCAUAACAGCAUGCACUUCAAUUAAGAUAAGUUAUUCUGAUGUGUUACCGAAGAGUAUUUGUGAUAAUUGUUACAAAACUUUAAUAGACUUUUAUGAGUUUAAAAAACAUGCAGAAGAAGUUGAUUUUAAAUUUCACACCAAAGAGAUAGAACAAAGACAAUUGAAAUAAAAUAUGAAGAACCACAAGAAUUGAAUAUUAAAGUUGAGCCUGACGAGCAGGAAUAUCAAGACAUUCAGGACUCAACAUAUGAAGACAGCAUCACUUCGGAAUCUUUUCAAGAAUUAUCAAAUGCGAAGUCGAAAUCAAAAACUAAGAAAUUACAUAAAUGUGACAUUUGCAACAAAGAAUUUCCAAAAAAGUCAAAACUAGAGAGACACAAACGCACACAUGAAACCUUACCUACACAUGCAACUUGUGCUCGCAAACUUUCAAACAUCAUUCAACUUAUGUUAAACAUUUAGUAGAACACAACCAAAUAGAUAAAGUAGAGACCAUAGACCAAAAUGAGAAUCAAAGCUUUGAUUGUAAUAUAUGCCUUGCACAUUUUAAGUCAAUGCAAUCAUUAUCAGGGCACAUGCGUAAACAUACUAACAAAGCCCGUAUACUUAGCUGCGCAAUAUGCCGGAAAGUAUUCAAGAAAACAAGUCACUUAAAAAGACAUGAGCUUAUCCAUGAGACGAAUAGGCCUUACAAGUGUUCUCUUUGUCCAAGGACAUUUACUUCGGAGAUUAUUUAUAAAGAACAUGAAAAUAAGCAUGCAGGGGUUAAAAGCCAUGUUUGUCCGUUCUGUUCAAAGGCGUCUUCACAUUUAUCAACACUGAAUAGACAUAUAAAGAUACAUACGAAGGAGAAGUCAUACUUAUGUCCGUUCUGUGGAAAGAAGUUUGACUCUAGUACUAACCUUAAUGAACAUACAAAGAGGCAUAUAGGUUUGAAGUUAUUUGCUUGCAGUUUGUGCCCUAAAAGGUUUGUCAGCAAAGGUGAACUCAAGUCCCACGGCACCACACAUUCUGGCGAGCGAGCGUACACUUGCGAGCAGUGUGGCGGGUCCUUUACCAAACGCAGUUCACUGGCUAAACACAUCCUGAGGCAUCGGGGCAUCAAACCUCACCAAUGUGACGCCUGCCCUAUGAAGUUCACAAGCAAGGACCACCUGAAGCGCCACUACAGAAUACACACCGGUGAAAAGCCAUAUCGCUGCGAGCUGUGCGACCGCGCGUUCACGCAGAGCAACGACCUCGCCAAACACAGGCGCACUCACCUCGGGAACAUGCUCUACAAAUGCACCCAGUGCGCAGAAAGCUUCCGUCUAAAGACAGAACUACAGAACCACAGCGCGCGGCACUUCGCAACUCAACUGGCUUCUGUUGUCGGCAACUUGGACAAGGAGAAACCUGGACGUGUAGUCUUGCUGUCCGGGGAGAGUAGAGAAAUGGAUAACGUGAAGAAAUGUGAUGAUUUUGUUGCUAAAGUUUAAAUAAACGGA